AUGACCAAAGGUAUACCUAAAGGCAUUGAACAAAAAGAUCUUUCUACUGGCGAUACAUCAAGUGAUGCUCUUUCCGAUGGUAUAUUUUUGAAAUCAAGAUUUCGUGCAGAAAUUUUCCAACCAAUCACAUCAAUGCGUAGUAAAGUGCUCCCGAGCAAAGGUCGAGCAAAAAUUUUAAACCCGUUAUAUUUUCACAUGGUUGGAUAG